AUGGCACUUUGAAAGAUAAAAUGCUUCUAUAUGCUCACCUCACAUUGUGCUUGGCUUUGGUUGUCUGUGCACAGAGUCCUGCAUGUCCGUCUCUGUGCACCUGUGUGUUCCAUGAUCGCAGCAAUGGCAAGGGACUCAGAACUGUACUCUGUAAGAACCCAGCCUUGGCUGCCAUUCCAACAGAUCUUCCAAGUGACAUCAUAAAGUUUCGUCUGGAGCGCACCUCUGUCUCAAGGAUUUUUAGAGGUGCUUUCUCCACCAUGCCCAAACUCCUUUAUCUGUGGCUUACGUAUAACUCCAUCACCGUUCUACAUCCAAGGAGUUUUACAAACCUGUCUUCCCUUCAUGAGUUACGACUGGAUGGGAACCUUUUAUCCACCUUCCCCUGGGAGGGACUCAGGGAUGUGCCCCGCCUCCGAACACUUGGACUGCACAAUAACCGCCUGGCACGCAUCCCACCCCUUGCUGUGCGUUACCUAGGCAACAUCACUUACCUGGACCUCUCGAGCAACAGGCUGAGCUCCCUGCCUAAUGAUCUGGCUGCUCUCUGGCCAUUCAACACACUCAAUGAUAGCUCUCAAACUCAGCGCUUGGUGGUUCUAGCAUCUGAAUGUGUGAGCCUCCCUCUCUUACCCACUUCAUUCCGCACCCAAUUUUUCAUAGGUCUACAGGAUAACCCGUGGGUGUGUGACUGUAGGCUUUCUUCCUUACUUGAAAUUAGUAAGACACCAGAAUCCUCCCUGGUCCUGUUGGAUAGGUUCCUGACCUGUAGUGGACCGCCAAACCUCGCUGGAGUUCCCUUUCAGAGUGUGGAGCUCUCUCGCUGCCACAGGCCCUAUGUAGUGACCUCUGCCACAAAGAUCACAGCUCUGCUGGGUAGCAAUGUCUUACUUCGCUGUGAUGCUGCAGGAUACCCCACUCCCACACUUAUGUGGGUCAAAUCUGCCAGAGCCACCCUUUAUAACACAGCUUGCUGUAAACAGACACAGAACAGCAUGGAAAAUCAAAGGCUGCCCAGAAAACUUUCCAGCUAUGCACAAGAGUCUCCUCGAGUGGGAAUUCGAUGGUCUGCAGUCAAUCUAAAUGGGAUAUCCUAUAAUGAUGCAGGAGAGUACCGGUGCAGAGCGCAAAACAUGGCAGGGAUAUCAGAGGCUAUUGUCAGUCUGAAUGUGGUCGGAGUGAUGGCUGAAUAUGCAGACUCUGAAAAAUCAGACCUACAGCAAAGAGUUGCAAAAUCAGACCAUUCACAGAAGAAACCUAACCAGAAAUCUACAGUGACACCUUCCUUGUUACCUCUAAACAUAACUGGACUGCUUCCAGUUAUCCAGAAGCUUUAACGAUCAUCUUAACUUACGUCGCUUGUUAUUUUACGAUGGCGUAAUGCCUGUUUCCCAAACCAGCAUGUAGAUAAUAGCAGAACUUAAGUGCUUCAUCACCGGAGCUGUCCGGUCCAAAGGUGCCCAUGACUUUGGCAAAUAUGUCCAGGUGUUUAUCUUUUCAAAAUGAAAAUAAUGUGGAAAUACUAACAAACAUGGACGUUGAUUGUAACCUUG